AUGAGAUGUAUUACUUUAGUUUCUUGGUUAGAGUGGACAAUGGCGUCUUGGCCAGAAACACGUGGUAUACACGAUAGCGAAAUAGUGCGUUGUUUAGAACAGUCAGAGCUCGAUCUAACUGAUGAAGAAGACCCAGUACCUAUACCAAUAUUUCAAAAUGAAGAGAAAAUUAGUUCUGGUUCCGGUUCUUCAAACUCAGAAGACGAAACUCGUCCAGGUUCUGAAAUAUUUCUGGCCUCAUCAACUACAGCUACCACUAGGUGUCGUGCUAGAACGAGAGGUGAACCUAGGACACUUGGAGGAAGAUCAAGAGGCAGUAGAUUGAGAACGAGAGGUACACAAAAUGAUAGAUCGUCGCUGGUAAAUAACAGAAGGAACUGCAAUUUCUCGCCCGUAGACAGGCCAAUUUUUCAGCCAACAUAUAAAUCUAUUGAUACUGAUAUUGGAUUGGACUUGGAU